UGGAUGGAUGGAGCUUGAGCUUAUAGUAUAGUAUAGUAGUAUAUAUGUCGACAAGAAAAAAGGGUGAGAUUAAUUAAGGAGGGAAGCAGGGCAGAGCAGAGAGGGAGAGGGAGGGAGGCAGGCAGGCAGUUCGGAUUGAGAAUAAGUGUGAAAGGCACGAGACGUGAAGAGAACAAUAAAUGAGCAAGAGAGAGAGAGAGAGACAGGGGAAAAGGGUGGGAAGGGAAAAGAGGAGGGUGAUGAGGCUUAUGAUAACCCUCAUGAUCGUCACGUCGUUUUUCAUUUGCUUCUCCCGAUGUCCUCCCAGAAUUCCACGCUUCCUCUCUCUCUCUCUCUCUCUCUCUCUCUCUCUCUCAUCUUCCUUUCCUUCCACACAGCUCUGCUCCCUCUCUCUCUCUCUGUGCUUUUGUUUUCUUUUUUCCUUUGUCCGUUCCUUCUCUCUCUCACACAGUUUUUCUUUCUAAAUUAAAUAAUAUAUUGUAUAGGGCGCCUAGUCAACCUCACGUCUUGGCUCACUUUGUUGUUCCGUAUUAAACCAACACUAUAAUUUCAGACCAGAAAAAAACACACACAACACACUAUUCUCUCUCUCUCUCUCUCUCUCUCUCUCUCUCUCUCUCUCUCUCUCUCCCUCUCUCUCUCUUUGAAUUCCAUAUAGUAAAUGUGAUAGCUAGCUAGUGAUCAAUCCCCAUCUCUGAAUGUCUGAAACUCAAAUAUUACAUCACUGAUUCAGCUCAACUAACCCAUUUUCAACAAUACCUUCUCUAUUUCUCUCUCCCUUUCUCUUUAAUCGCAUCAAUAUAUGCCAAAUAUAAACAAUGCCUACAAUGCCUAUAUGAGGCAGCUAGGCAACACCCUAUUUUAAAUCCCCAUCAUCCAUCCAUCUCCCAAUUCUCCAUCACUCCCAACAGCAACAGUAGUAGUAGUAGUACACCCACUCCAAUUCCCACAAUACCUUGCUGCAUGCUAGUUUUCCCAUUUUUGUAACUCCACCACCAUUCUUCAUACCACAUCACACCAUUACCUCAAAUGGGAAGUGAUUUCAAACUACCUAGGCUACCAUCCCUUUUUUAUAAUUAGUUACUAACACCUCCCCUUGUUCUUGUUAUCUUGUUAUCUUGUUAUCUUGUUCUUGUUCCCUUAACAUAUACACUUACUUAUAUGUAUGUAUUCACCUUUUAAGGCCAUUAUAUACCUUGGGAUUCUGAGAAAGGUGGGUGACACAGAAAGAGAGAAGUAAGUAGAGCCUUGCUCUUGGCUACUUGUUUAUAUUUUCACUGUGUUCAACAAUCAAAAUGUGGAUGAUGGGUUAUAACGAGAGUGGCCAUGCUGAUUUCAACAUGCCUGAUUCUUUCAACGGUCGGAAGCUUCGGCCUCUCAUUCCACGGCCACUCGUGCCAUCUGCUAACAACGCCACUUCUUCAGUCAUUGCUGCAACUCCUCCUUGUUUAAACCGAAUUCAUGGCGUCUCUCAUGAUUUCUUCACUCAGUAUCACCAUCUCGCCGCUAUGGCUGAACAAAACAAGAGAUCAGAGUUCAUCAACACACCGCAAGUGGUGGUGAGCUCAAGAUGGAACCCAACUCCGGAGCAGUUGAGGGCUCUGGAAGAAUUGUACAGACGAGGGACUCGAACCCCGUCGGCUGAGCAAAUUCAGCACAUCACAGCGCAGCUUCGAAAAUAUGGAAAGAUAGAGGGGAAGAAUGUGUUCUAUUGGUUCCAAAAUCAUAAGGCCAGAGAAAGACAGAAACGUCGCCGUCAGAUGGAAUCAUCCGUGCCCUCUGCCCAACCAGAUCACGAAAUAUCAUUGUCAUCCACAGAUAAUCAAAAGAAAGAAUCAUUAGGGGCAAGUAGGACAGGGUUUGAAGUUGAACAGACCAAGAACUGGGCACCCUCUACAAACUGCAGUGCUACUCUUGCAGAGGAAUCUGUUUCAAUACAAAGGGCAGCAAAAGCAGCAGUGGCAGCAGCAGAGUGCAGGACGGAUGGAUGGAUCCAAUUCGAUGAAGAAGAAUUGCAGCAAAGAAGGAACUUUGUAGAAAGGAAUGCCACGUGGCAGAUGAUGCAGUUGUCUUGUCCUCCUCCUCCUUCUCCUCUUCCUCCUCAGUACCCUCAUCCUCCCACCCACCUCAUAAUAAACACCCCUGCUUGUUCUACUGCUAACUCAAAUAGUACUAAUAAUUUAACAAGCAGCAGGGCAAGCAGGGCAGCAACAGUUAGAACAAUGGACCAAAGGCUCAUUAAGGGUCAUGAUCUCAGCAUCCUUCUAACACCCUACUCAUCAAUAUCAGAAGAAUCUGGUUUUAUUAACUUUAACUACCCAAACCACAACACCAGCGUUGAACAGGAUCAUGGCUGUGGGGAAUCUCAAACCCUUCAACUCUUUCCACUUCGAAGUGGCCAUGCCAAUGCCAAUGCCAACCUCGAAAAGGAUCAUGCAGAGCUAUCGGCUAACUUCAGUAGAGCUCAGCCUUACCCUUUUUUUGAGUUUCUUCCCUUAAAGAACUAAUUAGUUUUCUAACCAUGCACUUAAUU